AUGACUGACGCAGCCGUAGCUCCCGUUCACAAAUCACCCAAGAAGAAGACCUCAGCCAAGCCUAAGGUGCCAGCUGCUCACCCGAAAUAUGUAGAUAUGAUCAAGGCUGCAGUCGCUUCCUUGAAGGAAAGGGGCGGCUCCUCCAGACAAGCCAUUUUGAAGUACGUCAUGGCAAACUACAAAGUCGGCACAGACCUGAAAGCAGUUAACUCCAGAAUAAAGAACGCUUGA